GAGCGGCCACACGCUUGCCACGCCUGGCUUCCUUCCCACUGCGGUCUUCCCUGGAAGAACCUAGCUGGCUCCUCGUUCUCCGCCUCGCCCAAGCUCUGGCCUCCAGCGGGGCUGGCUAGAAAUCCCGGGCAGGUGUGCAGCCACGGCCCCAGAGGACCGACCAAUCCUCGCCCGCCGACCGCGCCCUCCCGCAGGGUUGCAGGAACCACCCUGCCUGGCCGGGGGCUUGGGCAGAUCUGCUCCCUAAACCGGCCUCUCCGCCACCCAGGGCUCCCGGGGGCGGCGUGCGAAAUGGCUCGCGGCAGGAUCUCCCAGCUCUCGGUGCAUGACGUGCGCUUUCCUACGUCGCUAGGUGGCCACGGCUCCGACGCCAUGCACACAGACCCUGACUACUCGGCUGCCUAUGUUGUCAUAGAGACUGAUGCAGAAGAUGGACUCAAGGGCUAUGGCAUUACUUUCACUCUGGGGAAGGGCACUGAAGUUGUUGUCUGUGCUGUGAAUGCUCUUGUCCACCACGUGCUUCACAAGGAUCUCAGGGACAUCGUUGGUGACUUCAGAGGCUUCUACAGACAGCUCACAAGUGAUGGGCAGCUCAGAUGGAUUGGUCCAGAGAAAGGUGUAGUGCAUCUGGCCACGGCAGCUGUUCUGAAUGCUGUGUGGGACCUGUGGGCAAAGCAGGAAGGGAAGCCUUUAUGGAAGCUGCUUGUGGACAUGGAUCCACAGAUGCUGUUGUCCUGCAUUGAUUUCAGGUACAUCACUGACGUCUUGACAGAAGAGGAUGCCUAUGAAAUACUGAAGAAAGGUCAGCUUGGUAAAAAAGAAAGAGAAGAACAAAUGCUGAGAAAUGGCUACCCUGCCUACACCACAUCAUGUGCCUGGUUGGGGUAUUCAGACAGUACACUGAAGCAGCUCUGUGCAGCGGCACUGAAGGAUGGCUGGACCAGGUUUAAAGUAAAAGUUGGGGCUGAUCUCCAGGAUGACAUACGAAGAUGCCGUCUCAUCAGGGACAUGAUCGGACCAGAGAAGACUUUGAUGAUGGAUGCCAACCAGUGUUGGGAUGUGCCUGAGGCAGUGGAGUGGAUGUCAAAACUGGCUGAGUUCAAGCCAUUGUGGAUUGAGGAGCCCACAUCCCCUGAUGACAUCCUGGGCCAUGCAGCUAUUUCCAAGGCAUUGGCCCCAUUAGGAAUUGGCGUUGCCACAGGAGAACAGUGCCAGAACCGAGUGAUAUUUAAGCAACUCUUACAAGCGGACGCCCUGCAGUUUCUCCAGAUUGACAGCUGCAGACUGGGGAGCGUCAAUGAAAACCUCUCAGUGUUGCUGAUGGCCAAAAAGUUUGGAAUCCCUGUUUGCCCCCAUGCCGGUGGAGUUGGACUUUGUGAACUGGUACAGCACUUGAUUAUAUUUGACUACAUAUCAGUCUCCACCAGCCUUCAAAACAGGAUGUGUGAAUAUGUGGACCAUCUGCAUGAACAUUUCAAGUAUCCCGUGGUAAUCAAGAAUGCUUCCUAUCUGCCUCCCAAGGAUGCAGGCUACUCAACAGAAAUGAAAGAGGAAUCCGUAAAGAAACACCAAUACCCAGAUGGAGAGGUCUGGAAGAAACUCCUCGUUGCUCAAGAUUCAUGUAGUCAGCCUUAACACUUUUUUUUUCUGAAGUGGAAAUGCUUAAAAUUUUGGAGUUUUAUAAAAAUAGAAGAAAAAUCAAGUCUAGCUGCAGGUCAUAUUCACCUCAGGAAUCAGCUGUCAUCAUGGUGGAUGGUCAACAAGUUAAUAUUCUACUUUUCUUUUCUUUUUUUUUUUUAAUUCUAAAGCAAAUGUACCUAACCCAAAGCCUAGGAAGAUGGUAAAUCUCUAUCACAUGCUAGAUAUUAAGCUAUAAUUUGAAAAUAAGCAAUGUUUCACAAUGUUUUGUAACAACUCCUCAUUCUAACACUUGUCAUAAAUCAGAAUAAAAAUGGUUCUGCAUCACUGUAAGUAAUCUGGGAAAGCAGAAAAAAAAAAAAAAAAAAAAAAAAAAAAAAAAGGAUUCACUCAUUUGUCCUGAAAUAGCAUCCCUUCUGUUAUCAGUCUAAGCAUUUUAGGGAAUCCACACCUCACUGAAAUUAAUGGGGACAAAUGGUAUUUCUUCACGCUUUCAUAACUCUUAAAAAACUAUCUUAGCCAGGCAUGGGAACUCCAACUUGUAAUCUCAGCAUGCAGGAGGCUGAAGCUGGAGUUGUGCCAUAUGUCUGAGGCUAGCCUAAGGCACAUACUAGCUCCAGACCAGCUAGGGCUAAAGUGUGAGACAUGUCCCCGUACCACCACAACCACCAAGAAACAAAACCUUAAAAUGUGAUUUAAAACCUUCUGAUGGUUAACAUUACAUUUAAGGUUUAAUUACUAUGCUUAAGAUAGGCGUAUAUAGAACAAAAAAUGCCUCUGGCAUGUAAAGCCCUAGCUUGUACAGGCUGUACCCUGCCAGCCCACUCCCCCCACCCCCAUCAUUUUUUUUAACCAGAUGUUGAAGAUUCUUAAAUUGACUGAUCUUGUAAAAACUGCUGUUCUAACAAGAUAAUAGGUCAUAAGCCUAACUGCUAUUUCUGCUUUUGUAAUCGGAACUGCUUACUCUGCUCAAAAAGAUGACUGGGACAACUGCAAGACAUGUAUGUUAAAAAUUAGACCCUGCCUACUGGUAGGCAGAAUACUUGUAA